ACCGGGUCCACAGUCGUCGGCGAACCGUACACCAGUUCCCAACCACCACCUCCACCUUUUUUUUCCCCUUUACCAUUUUUUUUUUUUUCAAAUUCUCCAAGUCUCUCUGUUUCUCUCUCUCUCUCUCUCUCUCUGCCGGCUACCCAAAAUAAGAGAAACACGCAAGGAAAACUCUGUCGUCCGCAGAAUUUCUUUAAAGUCCAAACCUUAAAGUUAACACGAAAGAAAGAGACGACGACCCUUUGCGACUGUUGAACAAUAAUCACUGGAAGAGCUGAAUUUGUUUUGUUUUCGAAUCCCUUUUUGUUUGUUUGUUUUGUUUUUCUUUUUUUUUUUCCCCUUUCGAGCCGAAAAAACCAAAACCAAAACAAAACAAAACGAAAUGGAGUUGUUAACUGUCGAGAGCUCGUCGGUGAUUGUCGGGUUUAGCGUCGGCCAAAUAGGCGCCGUCUUCGUGUCGGCCACGACCGUCCUGCUGGCCACAUUGGCCGCUCUGACGUUGACGCUCGUCUGGCUGAACGGACGCAAAAGCAGCAGUCACGGACAGACGGAUUCCGUCUUCUUGCGCAUCAAAGACAAAGCCGAGCGUUUGAUUCGCUCUCACGUCGCCAAGUCGGCCAAGACGGCACCUGUCGCUCCAUCGUCUUCGCCCACCAGCCAAAGUGGCACAGCCGAGCAGCAAUUGAAAGCCUGGAGUCCACCGCCCGGUCCAGUCGGCUGGCCAAUCAUCGGCUCGCUUCACUUGCUGGGCAAGUACGAAGUGCCUUUCGAGGCGUUUUCGCAACUCAGCAAAACGUACGGCGACAUUUUCAGCAUCACGUUGGGAUCGACGCCGUGCGUCGUUGUCAACAGUUUCAAGCUCAUCAAAGAGGUGCUCAUCACCAAAGGCCCCCACUUUGGCGGACGUCCGAAUUUCAUCCGCUACGACAUCCUGUUCGGCGGCGAUCGCGACAACUCUCUGGCGCUGUGCGAUUGGUCCUACUUGCAGAGGGAUCGCCGUUCCAUUGCCCGUCAUUGGUGCCACCCGCGUGCGGACUCGAUGCAGUUCGACACGCUGAGCCGAGUCUUGACGUCCGAGAGCGGCUUGAUGGUGAACGAACUGUCGCUGAAAACGGCCGCCACCGGCAGCCGAGGAAUCGAUUUGAAGACGACGAUGAUGACGAUGUGCGCCAACGUAUUCACGCACUACAUGUGCAGCUCGCGAUUCGACUACGACGACAAGGAAUUCGGCAAAGUGGUCCGCCUUUUCGACCAGAUCUUCUGGGACAUCAACCAGGGCUAUGCUGUCGAUUUCCUGCCGUGGCUCAUGCCCGUCUAUCGCCGCCACAUGCAGCAACUGAAGUCGUGGGGCACGGACAUCCGCCAGUUCAUCGUCAAGACGAUCAUCGACGAGCACCGGUCGACCAUGGAUGUGAACAAUCCUCGCGAUUUCACCGACGUCUUGCUCAACCAGCUGGACGGCGAGAAGAACAACGAACAGGCCGCCAACGAAGACGCACAACAGCACAACAACAAUGCGCAGCAAUUGGACUGGAAUCACGUCCUGUACGAGCUGGAAGACUUCCUUGGCGGCCACUCGGCCAUUGGCAAUCUGUUGAUGAGGGCCGUCGGUGAGCUCUGUUCCAGCCCCCACGUCAUGGCCAACAUCCAGGAGGAGAUACGCAGAGUCACCGGCGAUAAUGGCCGUCCAGUCGUCCUGGAAGACCGGCCAAACAUGCCCUACACCGAAGCGACUAUUCUCGAAACCCUGCGCUUGUCGUCGUCACCGAUCGUCCCCCACGUCGCCAUGCAGGACACAUCAGUGGCCGGUUACGAUGUCCAGGAGGGAACGAUGGUGUUCUUGAACAAUUACGAGCUGAACAUCAGUCCAGACUAUUGGGGCGAUCAAUCGCUGACCUUCGAUCCGGCUCGAUUUCUUAUCCAAGGCAAGAUCGUCAAACCGGAGUAUUUCAUUCCGUUCAGCACGGGCAAACGGGCCUGCAUGGGCUACCGGCUGGUCCAGCACGUCAGCUUCGUCACGUUGGCAACCCUGUUGCAGAAUUUCGAUGUCUCCGCCUCUGAAGAUGCCAUCCACCUACCGAAAGCUUGCGUGGCCGUCCCUCCGGAUGCAUUCCGCGUCGUUCUAACACCCCGGCCAUCCGCACCGACGCCUUACUGAAAAUCAAGAAUGAGGACAUUUUUUUUUUUUUUCUAAAUGACACGAAACGUCGACCCUCAGGCAAAAGAACAUCUCGACGAGACCACACAUCAGCGUAACCCAAACCAAAUAUAUUUGAACGAAGAAAAACAAAAACGCAAAAAGAAAAAAAGAAAAAAGGCGGAUGGAACCUGCCCUUCCUUUUUUUAUUUUAUUUGCUUAAGAAUUCGAAAAAAAAAAAAGUAUUUUAUUUUGUUUAAAAAAAAAAAUUUAAAAAAAAAAAAAAUUCAUUCGCCCUGUCAUCUCCCCCUCCCCCAAAGAAAUCUCUCCAUUCCUGCAUCGACCCCACCCAGCAUCGUCAGCGAUCUCAACGAUGGGGAAAACAAAAAAAAAUUUAAAUAAAUAAAAAAAAAUAUUAUUAAUUAAAUUAAUUCAAAGAGCUGUUGGGGAUGGAGGGAGGGAAGGGUUGAAAAAAAAAAUCAUCAUCAUCAUUCAUUAUUUAAGUUAUUUGUCGCAGAUCAUUUAUAAUAAUUUAAUUAUUAUUAUAAAAAAAAAAAAAAGAGGGGAAUUUCUUUGUUUGUUUGAUUGGUUGAUUGGUUGGUUUAAUUAUUAUUUUUUUUAUUCUUCUGGGGAAGGUUGAAAUUCUUUUCUUUUUUUUUUACGAUUUUUCCCUCGGGUUAUUUUUGCUUGUACAUUUGCAUGCCGAUUGUAUGUGUGAAUUUUGUGCGCGCGUGAUUUUUGUUUUAACGUGUCCACUUCUGUUACUCCCCCCUCCCCCAAUUUUUUAUCUUGAAAUUGCAUUCGUUCAAAAAAAAACGUUAUUUUUUAAGCUUAGAAAUUAUUGUUAACUAUUGAUUUUUACGACUCUUCAUCUUUUAAACAGUUGUUAACAGUUAAUGCCAUCGCCUGUUCGAAGGAAAACGAGAGGUGUUGAUCCCCUUUUCAAAGAGAAGGACCAACACAUGUUCUUUUCGUGCCCAAACCAUCCAGCAGGAAAUACGUUUUAACAGUAAAACUUUUUUAUUUUAAAGAAAAAAGACGAAAGAAAAAACAAAAAAAAACAAACUGUAGAAUUGCUUAUUCCGUCCUCCUCCUCCUAAUAUGAUAUAUCCGCUAUAAUAGAUCUUUUUGCUGAUGCUGUUGCAUUCAAAAGAAAAAGCCUUGUCUAAUAGCAUUUUUGUUUUUGCAUCGUUUUUUUUAUAAUCCCACCGUUUAUGUCACAAUCUCGUCUAUCCCCCCAUCAAUUGUUUUGUGUAUGUGUGUGUGUGUGUAUGUGUGUGUUUAUACAGUAUAUACAUAUUAUUAUAAGAUGUGUACAAUUGUGUUGACUUUAAAUGUUUUCCUUCAAAGGAGAAAAUGAAAAGAAAAAAAAAAAGAAAAGCCGGGAAUUUGAUUUGAACGGGUUGCGACGAAAAGACACGCAGUGUGAAAGUCCACGAUCUAUAGAGCAAAAAUGAGAAAUGAAUAACAGCAAACAACAAAUUCCCGGUGAAAUAUGCCCUUUUUUUCAUCCAUGUCUGAAAAUAAAAAUAAACACAUUUUUUGUAUA